AUGAUGCGGCGUGGUUCAAUGGCGAUGAUCGGUGGCGGUGAACCACUGAUCGUAGUAGAGGAGAGUGGGGUUGAAGAGUCUGAGUCUCCUCUCCAUCACGCUGCACUGCCAAGUGGCUUCUCGGAGGACCAGGAGUCUCCUCCGGACCCAUAUCAUCUGUCGCCUUGGAGGGAGACCCGCAAGCACUCAUUACCAACACCAGCUUGUACAAGUGGACCAACUGCUAGUCAGGUACGCCGCCUCUCUGAACGAGGUGAAGGAGCGGCCAAGGAGGCCCGCGAAGCAGCGUUUCUUGCAACUCUCAGCCAGGCUCCACCACAACCUGGAGGUCGAAGGCAUUCUGUUGUCACCAUAUCUCGGGUACCGCAGGCGUUGUUCGGGCGUGGACGUAGGGAGUCCAUUGCGGCAUUUCCGGCUCUCAGUCGUCGGGGAUCCAUAGCUAAAAAAUGUCCACCAGCAACAGAUACUUUGGGGAGCACUCACAAUCUGCAGUUAGACAUAAUGGAUGACAUAGUUCAGGCCCGCAAAGUACGCAUGCGCCUGUGGAAUACAUCCAGCGAGAAGGUUUGUGAGGUUCAGCCUUUAGACGAGCGCUCUCCAAUAAGCGGUUCUAUCCGAUACACAAAUAGAGGCCGCCGGCACUCUGACUUCAUUGGUUCUCCUUUACCUCCCAUACCAGCACGUCGAAGAGCUUCAGAAAUGCCACCACCGCCUCCCAUUCCACCGCGAAGCACCACAGGAGUUAUCUGUACUGACACAGAUCUAAAACACAUGCUUAACGCUCUUACAUCAUCAGCUACCGAAAUCGAUCGAUGUGGAAAGCCAGAGCGAACUCGUCAACUUUGCGAUAUGCGCUCCAGCAGUUUCGACGCUUCCUCUUUGAGAGAGAAAUUCUCAGAUUCCGGCACUACGUGGUUCACUCGCAGGCAUCAGACAUUGGCGACAAAGAAAAAAGAAAACGAAGAAAAAAAGCUGAAAGUUACAUUUGCACCAGAUUCAAAACAAGCUCCUGGUGACGCAGCAGCAGUCGUAUGGGACAAGCCGUCUGGUUCUGUGGUUGAUGCAAGUGCCCUGGGGAGCGCUAUAGAAGUGUUUCUAAGAAGAAGCAGCGGAGCUCCCCCUGUUCCACCAACGUCUACGAUAAUCAAGGAGACAAAGAGUAAAGCCGCUGAUCGUUCCAAGGUACGGGAUGCUCCAAGCACGAGCAAGGAGGGCGAACAUUGGUUUAUAAGCAAGCCUGAAGAUGACGACGGUGCUGGAGGAUGUGAAGCGUCAAUAUGCUCAUCUCUCAAAGAUCUUUUCGUAUAA